UUUACACGACAGGUUGAAUAAACAAAUAAUAUGUAUCUCUAUGUAUUUGUUUUCAUACAAGUACGUGCUUUAUAGGGAUUUUCGUAUCCAAGUUUAACAUAACCUAACAUAUGCUAACAUAGCCUAUGUAAACACAAAGAACAGCACGUGUCAAAAACAUGAAAACAAUUAUUAAAGAAGAAACUCAAACAAGACACUUCUGUUUAACCUUUUAGUCGAAGAGAAAUAAAAAUGGGAAAGAAAAGGCACAAUUGGAAAGCGAGGAGCGUUACAGAAGUGGAAAUUGACAACUCUGGGACUAAAAAGAUUGCUUUAGACAUAAAGCACCAUGCAGACAAUUACGAUACUUGUAACGCCUUAGUUCUUCCCAAUGAGAAAAGAAAAACUAAAAACAAAGUACAAAAAGUAACUGUAACUCGAUUACUGUCCAAAAAACGCAGGAAACAGCUGGAGAAGGUUGUCGAGAAGAAGCAGAAGAAGUUGCGCAGAGCUACACUGUUAGAAGAACUGGCAAAAGUGCAAGCACCGCAAGAUGAGUUGAAGCAGUAUUUAUCAUUGACAACUGUGCAAACCAAAGGCUUAAAGCGACACUUUAGAGAAGCAGAAUUGCCUACAAAGGUGUACAAUGAGAAAAUUAAGAAUGACGAAACUGAUGGCAUGGAAAUUGUAAAUGCUAUUAAAGGAAGCAAAAAGAAGAGGCUAGCUAUUUUAGAACAUGAAGAGAAAAGCAAUGUUUCCUCUGACCCAAAUAUUGUUGGAUUCGAUGAAUCCAGCAGCGAGUUGGAUUCGAAUACUGAGGAUGACGAAUCUGAACAGGCAGAGAUUGCUUCAGAAAAUGAAAAUCAACCUGAAAAUGUCGAAAAAGAUUCUUUGGUGAAAGAAAAUAAAUCUCCUGAGAAGAAUAUACGAGAGAAAGAAGACCCACCUGUCGCUACAGUAGACAAGAUCUGUCCAAAGUUACAGAAUUCAGCAGACAGAAAGCCUGCUAUCUUUGUAGCAUUGCAAAGGAAGCCAGAAAUCCAAGCAGCUAGAUUGAAGCUACCAGUAGUUGCUGAAGAACAAGCCAUUGUAGAGGCAAUUAAUGAAAACCCUGUUGUAAUAAUCACUGGUGAAACAGGAAGUGGUAAGACCACUCAAGUCCCUCAGUUCUUGUAUGAAGCUGGUUAUGCUCGAGACAAACUGAUAGGUGUAACUGAGCCUAGGAGAGUAGCUGCUAUAUCUAUGAGCAAACGCGUGGCUGAAGAGAUGAACCUCACUGAAAAGGAGGUUUCAUAUUUGAUUCGUUUCGAGGGAAAUGUUACAUCGGAUACAAAGAUUAAAUUCAUGACGGAUGGUGUUCUAUUAAAAGAAAUACAAAGUGAUUUUCUGCUCACAAAGUAUUCGAUAAUAAUUCUAGACGAGGCUCACGAACGAAGCGUGUACACUGAUAUUCUAAUUGGUUUGCUGUCGCGAAUCGUACCGCUGCGCAACAAGAGAAGCAAUCCUCUGAAGCUCGUGAUAAUGUCUGCUACGUUAAGGGUAGACGAGUUCGUAGAGAACAGUAAAUUGUUCAAAGUGAAACCACCGGUAUUAACAGUGGACUCGAGGCAGUUUCCAGUUACUAUACACUUCAAUCGGAGGACGAGCACUAACUAUGUCUCUGAUGUACUGCGUAAAGCGAUUAAGAUUCAUACUCGUCUCCCUGAUGGCGGUAUUUUGAUAUUUCUGACGGGGCAACGAGAGGUGAAUUUUGUAGUACGGAAGCUACGCAAGAUGUUUCCUGUGAAGAGCAAAAAGGAAAUCUGGAAGAGACCACAGGAAUCACAGAAAGAAGAAGGAGGUAACAGCGAGAACGAGGACUCGGAUGAUGACUUUCGUUGCAAGGAAGCCAUACGUUAUGCCAAACUACGACAAAAGAAGGAAAUCCAAUUGCCAAACAUUGACCUAGACAACUACUCUGUGAUUCCUGGCGACGACACGCACGAGGACUUAAUCGAGCUAGAGGACGAAGAUGACGAAGAAGCACAGCUGGACAUGGACGAAGACGAAGACGUAGACGACGAUAUAAUCGACCUAAAGGCUCGCGCAAAUGCACAAUCGUUAUGGGUGUUGCCUCUUUAUUCUCUCCUACCGAGUCACAAACAAGCGAGAGUGUUCGAGCCACCGCCUGAAGACUGUCGGUUGUGCGUUGUGUCUACGAACGUAGCUGAGACCUCCUUAACGAUACCCAAUGUAAAAUAUGUGAUAGACUGUGGACGUUGUAAAACAAGAAUGUACGACAAGGUAACGGGCGUCAGUACGUACAGAGUCUGCUACACGAGCAAGGCGUCCGCUAAUCAACGCGCAGGGAGAGCUGGCAGGACUGGUCCUGGCCAUUGCUACAGAUUGUACUCCUCUGCAGUAUUCAACGACCAGUUCGAGCAGUUCAGCCAGUCAGAGAUUAAAAGGAAGCCUGUGGAUGAUUUACUUCUGCAAAUGAAGGUAAUGAACAUCGACAAAGUUGUGAAUUUCCCGUUCCCAACACCACCAGACAUCGUCCAGCUGCAGACGGCGGAGAAACGACUAUUAAUUCUCGGUGCUUUGCAUCAGUCUCCGCGUGGUAAAGAAGAUUCGUAUAACGCUAAAGUCACAGGACUUGGUCACAGCAUCGCCGCGUUUCCUGUUGCUCCUCGUUUUGGAAAGAUGCUGGCUCUCUCUCAUCAGCACGACCUCCUGCAAUACACUGUGUGCAUGGUCGCUGCACUCUCCGUUCAGGAAGUACUGAUAGAGUCGUACGAAACGGAUAAUGGUUCCAACAAGUGGUUGCAAAUGAGAAGGCACUGGGCUGGAAUUGGCAACAGCUUGCUUCUUGGUGAUCCAAUGGUGUUGAUAAGAGCUGUAGGAGCCGCAGAGUACGCAGGGACGAAGGGGAAGCUUCUCUCGUUCUGCGAGAAGCAUGGCUUGCGACACAAAGCUGUGGUGGAAAUUAGGAAGCUGCGACAACAGCUGACGAACGAAAUUAAUUUGAAUGUACCAGACUUGAAUCUCACUAUCGAUCCACAAAUGAAACCGCUAAUCGAUUCGAAAGCCAGACUGUUGAGGCAAAUAGUCCUUGCUGGAAUGGCCGACCAGGUUGCGAGGAAAGUAAUGCCUGAUGAAGUUAACGAGGAUCAGGACAAGACCAAGUGGAAAUAUGCUUACAAAACUUUGGAGAUGGAAGAUCCAGUGUUCAUGCACUCGUCGUGCGUUCUUCGAAAAUCGUGUCCCGAGUGGGUGGUUUACCAAGAAAUAUACGAAACGAAUAAAAUGUACAUGCGUGGCGUAACAGCCAUAGAACCCGAAUGGCUGCCUAAAUUUGCUCCUUCUUUGUGUCAACUCAACGAACCUUUAAUCGAUCCACCACCCAAGUACGACGAAGAGACUGGAAAAGUUACGUGCUGCAUAACAGGGACAGUAGGCAGAGGCGGCUGGAGAUUGCCAGUAAUGAACAUGGAACAUCCUCUGUCCGUGGAAGGAGUGAAAUGGUUCGCGUGUUUUUUUCUGGAAGGCAAAGUUUGCCCUAAAUUGAAACGAUUCGUCCCUUCGCUGUUGUCCACGCCGCAGAGCAUUAACAAAACGUGGGCCAAAUUAAUACCACGAACGCACGAAAUGACUCAGCUCUUGCUGUCUCAGGCGAUCAUGUCGAGAGAAAAGUUAUUGGAAACUUGGGAGACGGAUAGAAGUUUUCUUCUGUCUGCCUAUCAAAAGUGGUUGCCGGAAUCAGCUCAUGCUGAAGUCACAGGCAUUUGGCCACCUGUAUAAUAAACCAUCUAAAUUAUUACAAGCGUGCACUUGUACAUAAAUUCCCCGAAUUUUGUAAUGUACGAAGAUUCAAUUCGUGUAUAUAAAAGCCUUAGGUAUAUUUUAACGAUCAUUUAUUUCAUGAAAAUGCAACGUCGCAUACGAGGUAUAUAUAACGUAACUAGAAGCUACAUUUCGCUUUGGAUAAAUAUAUGAUAAUGCAAAACAUCUUAUGCGUGUAAACGAUACUUGACACGUGGCACUUUUCGAUAUCAACAUCAUUCGUAGCAAUAUCUAUCGCUACGAUAUUUACUAAUCAGAACACAGUGGUACACGAAACCGCGUGUGAUGGUAAAAGGUACAAGGAAAUAUUUACAAAUAUUAGUAUGUCGCUAUAGAUUAAAGUUUGCGCGAGACAUCGACUGUACAUACGCGUAAUACAUAAUCCGUUCUACGUAGUAGUAGAAUCCUUCGUUUGGCAGUGCUAUAGAAUUGGUAACAUUUGAACAAAUGUUUAAAAAACACAGAUUACAUUAAUCUGCCUUUACUGUUUUUCUCUCCUUCUUCUUCAGGAGACUCUUUUUACAAUCUUUGUAAAUAUUGUUGAGAUCGAAUGCUGCCUUUAUGUUGUCCUGCAAAA